AUGAAUAAAGCUUAUGAUCGCAUAGAGUGGGGUUUCAUUGAAGGGAUGAUGAAGAAACUAAAUUUCUGUGAUACAUGGAUUGCCUGGAUCAUGGAUUGUAUUAGUAGUGUCUCAUUUAAUAUCCAGCUAUCAGGGAGGAAAAUAGCUCAGAUUAAACCCCAAAGAGACUUGAGGCAGGGAGACCCUCUCUCCCCCUAUCUGUUUAUUCUGGCAUCCGAAGUCUUCUCCUCAAUGCUCUCUAUCCACGCCAAACAUGGUAACUUUAGGGGUAUUAAUAUCACCAGAGGCGGCUCGAUGCUUACCCAUUGCCUUUUCGCUGAUGAUACCAUUAUCUUUAUGCAAGCCGAGGCUCAAAAUUGCAGGCUGUUCAUGGAAAUCCUCCGAGAGUACUGUAAAUGUUCUGGACAAAGAGUCAACUAUGAUAAAUCAAGCUUGUUUUUCUCUCCUAAUAGGUGA